ACGGCGUGCGGCGGAGGAGGCGGCGUUGCUUGGGAUUCUGUCCUCGCGGUCGUGGUGUUGGUGAUGGGCGGAGGCGGAGGAGGACGCGACGGCGUCCAUCCUGGCUGGCUGGUGCAGGCCGCCCGGAUGAGUCGGCGAGCGGGGCAUACGUGGAGAUGCGCCGAUUCUGAGGCAGGCGAUAACGAGGAUCGAGGACAUGAUCCGAUGGGAAUGGCAAGUUGUUCCGAACAUCAGGAGCUGCCUUGCCCGUGUUCGCCCGUUUGACCGACACAAGCACCUCCCUCCUACCUCCUUGAAAAAGCACGCGGAUCCUACAACGGGCACACAUGUGAGCUAUACAAAACCAAACCAUUCUGCUUCCUUUUUCUUUUCUUUCUAAAGAACAUCUUGUUAGUUUGGUGUUUUCUUCGAACAAUGCAGGAGAACUAUAUACAUGCUAUAUUUGGUGUUGGAUGCAUCAACAUCAGCAGCAUUAGGCUUCGUUUUUGUUUUGGCGUAGAGUUGAGCAUGAGCCAGGGGUUUGGAGUGCCAGUAGUUAGGACUCCUCCUCCUUGGCAUUAGUAGGGUUUAUAGUGUUUAAUGCUGGUUGGCUUUGAUCGCGGGCUGUUAAUUUGGCAUUUGCAACAACACUGCAGUGCAGCUCGAGAGAGACUUGGUGCUGUUGUGAAGUGACUGGCUCUUUUGUACAGUUGUCCUACCCUUUCAAUCUAUGUACUAGAUACACUGCCUGCUCUCUCUCAUCCUCUCUCCCAUUCUUCUCUCCCCCUCGCGUAAAUCCAUGAAGCCUGUGGCGAAAGCAGCCUUCUUUCAGCCACUCUGUGCAGCACCCAGCUACUACAUCUAGGCGGUAGUGGUAGCAUAUAUGACAGGCAGAAGGAGAGAGAGGGUAAGAGCUGGCCAUCUUGUCCAAUGGCAACUUCACAAUUAAAUUCUUGCAUCUUUAUAGGGGCUAGUCUCUGGUGGUAUGUGUCGAUGUGUGAGUUUUGAAUAGCACGGGCCGUUGCCUCGCUAAAGUACUGUUGGCAAAGGAUUCAAGAACACACAUAUACACACACGACAUCUUUAUCCAAUCACAGAUCCCUAUGGAAUUGAGAGGAGAGGCAUGGGGAGGAGACCAAGAACAAACAGGCCCCUAGAUUUUAUAUGCUCGCUCACACUGCAUUAGGGGCUUGGGAGGAGUAGUACUUAUCCACCGCUUUGUUUUGCUUUGGCCCCUCCUCUCAUUCCUUUUGCUCAGCACACGGGUCCCCAUCAUCUUCCUCGUAGUUCACUUCUCUUUUACCUCUUCUUAUUACAUGGAUGUGGUCGUAGAAGGGCCGUAGUAGCAGUAGUACCUAGAGCAAGAAGUGUUUGCCUUUUGUGUUUGCGUCGUUGAUGAGAGCAAUGGCUAGUGGCGGCAACUGGUUAGGCUUCUCCCUCUCCCCGAACAUGGCCAUGGAGGUGCCCUCGUCUUCUGAACCCGAGCACGCUCAUCCUCAUCCUCUUCCUCCUCCGCCUGCUAGUGGUGCUAUAUCCGCUUCUCCCGCCAACGCCGCUACCUGCAACUUCCUCUUCUCCGCUCCUUCACAAAUGGCUGCUCCUCCUCCGGGCUACUACUACGUCGGCGGCGCCUAUGGAGAUGGCAGCAGCACCGCCGGCGUCUACUACUCCCACCACCCUGUCAUGCCUAUCACGUCCGAUGGCUCCCUGUGCAUCAUGGAAGCCAUGAUGCCAUCAUCCUCGCCGAAGCUCGAGGACUUCUUGGGAGGCGGCAAUGGUGGUGGGUCACAUGACACGGCCACGUACUACAGCCAUCAGCACGGCCAGCAAGAGGAGGCAAGCAGGUUCUACCAGCAACAUCAGCAGCUAGUCCCCUACAACUUCCAGCAUUUGACGGAAGCAGAGAUGUAUCAGCAAGCGGCCACGGCGCCGAUGGAGGAGGCAAUGGCGGCCGCCAAGAACCUCCUAGUCACGAGCUACGGCUCCUCUUGCUACAGCAACGUGGGGAUGCAGCCGCUGAGCCUGUCAAUGAGCCCAGGGUCCCAGUCCAGCAGCUGCGUCAGUGCAGCUCCACAGCAGCAUCAGAUGGCUGCCGCUGCUUCUGUGGCUGCUUCCCAGGGAGGCAGUAAUGGUGGUGGGGAGCAGUGUGUGGGCAAGAAAAGGGGCACUGGGAAGGGAGGCCAAAAGCAGCCGGUGCACAGGAAGUCCAUUGACACGUUUGGGCAGAGGACCUCCCAGUAUAGGGGCGUCACCAGCAGGCACAGGUGGACUGGGAGAUAUGAAGCCCACCUCUGGGACAACAGUUGCAAAAAGGAUGGGCAGACAAGGAAAGGGAGGCAAGUUUAUCUAGGUGGUUAUGACAAUGAAGACAAGGCUGCCAGGGCUUAUGAUCUGGCUGCUCUGAAAUAUUGGGGGCCAUCAACGCAUACCAAUUUCCCGCUAGAAACAUAUAGAGAGGAUGUCGAGGUGAUGAAAAGCAUGACAAGGCAAGAAUUCGUUGCACACUUGAGAAGGAGAAGCAGUGGGUUUUCUCGCGGGGCUUCGAUCUACCGAGGAGUAACAAGGCAUCAUCAGCAUGGAAGAUGGCAAGCACGGAUUGGCAGGGUUGCUGGAAACAAAGACUUGUAUCUCGGCACUUUCACCACACAAGAAGAAGCAGCUGAGGCAUAUGACGUAGCCGCGAUCAAGUUCCGUGGCUUGAACGCUGUGACAAACUUUGACAUAACCAGAUACGACGUCGACAAGAUCAUGGAGAGCAACUCCUUGCUGCCUGGGGACGAAGCACGCAAGGUCAAGGCGGUUGACGCAGCAAACGAUCUGCUUGCCAUCCAGAAUAGUGGCAGCCAGCUCUACCCUGCCGAAGAAAGAAGCUCCACGGGUGGCACUGACUGGAGGAUGGUGCUCCAUGGAACACCACAGCAAGCUGCACCGUGCGCUGAAGUGACCGACCUUCGGAAGGGCAUCAUGGGCGGCCCUCACUCGUCCCUGCAUGGCAUUGCCGGGUUUGACAUCGUUUCUGCAGCGCAUGACAUCGACGUUCCAGGCAAGAUCAGCGGCGAGGUCAACUACUCCAACUCAUCUUCCCUGGUGACCAGCCUCAGCAACUCGAGGGAGGGGAGCCCCGAAAGGUUGGGCCUUGCGAUGCUGCAUGCCAAGCAUCCCAACGCCGCCAACCUCGCCACCAUGAGCCCUUGGAUGGCAAUGCCAGUCCCGGCCGUUACUCACGCGAUGAGGGCCCCGAACAAUAUCUCACAUGUGCCUCUGUUUGCUGCCUGGGCGGAUGCAUAGUGGCAUGGUCGCUCGAUCUUGCUUGUCAGUGUCCCCUCUUUUUUUUUUUGUAAACUGGAGCAAAGGUAGCAUCGGUUGCUCAUGUUAGCUUGAAUCGCAAGUUGGUUCGUUAGUCAUGAAGAUGGUAAUGGUAGCCUGAUAGGUAGGUACGUAGGAGAAGCCGGCAUUAGUCUCUAGCUCACCCCACUUCUGGUAUUAGUGUUGUUACUUUCUUUUGAGCCUCUUAUUACUAAUCUAGUUGGAAUGUAAGUUUAUCAUCUAUGCCUUUGAAACUAGGCCGUCCCAUGGAAAGGAAAAGACUGGAGGGGAUAGGAAACGAGCUGAUAUAUCUUUUGUC